AACUAGUUUUCAGUAAACUUAUAUUUCCCAUCUCACUUGCUAUUGUCUCACAUAUCUGACUUCUGAUAUAUACAAAGAGAGAGAGGAUGGAGCCCAAAUACUUUCUUCAUAAUCAUCCCCUUCACUUCUUCGAAGGGUGGAGCAAUAAUAUCCACGGUAAGACUGGAGGUGUAAAUUGCUCAUCAGGGUGUGGGCAGCCAAUCUCAGCUCAGUUCUAUGCAUGCAUCGACUGUAAGUUUUUCCUUCAUAAAUCAUGUUCUGAGCUACCAACGAACAUCACUCACCUCUUUCAUGAUAAUCAUCCUCUCACUCUUUUAGCCGAAGCACCACACUCGUCUUGUGAUUUUUGUGGUGGUAGUGUCAAUGGAUUUGUUUACCGCUGUUCUUCUUGUCAAUUUGACCUUGACAUCAAGUGUGCCUUGCUCCCAGAAUUCCUCAAUGGAGAUUUUCCAAAAGUUGAUCAUCAAAUUCAUGCUGAACACCCUCUCUUCUUCAUCAAAAAUCCUAGCCAUGAAGUUAAACUAGCUUCUUAUUGCUAUUGCAGUGUUUGCUUAGAACAGUUAUCGGAUGCUUCCUUUUACACUUGUGUUGUUUGUAAGCUUUUCUUUCAUAAGUCAUGUUCUGAGACUAAGCUACCAUUGAACAUCAAUCACCCCUUCCAUGAGAAGCACACUCUUACUCUUACUGUUCUUAAACGCGAUAGGGCAGUACCUUGUCAAUUUUGUGAUAAUGACCGUUAUCCUCCAGGAGUGUUUUAUCAUUGUUCUUCUUGUCGUUUCAAACUUCACAUCAAGUGCGCCUUUCUCCCACAAGUCCUCACUGGGAAUUUCCCAAAACGUGAUCAUCAUUUUAGUGAUGUUGAUGAACACCCACUCUUCUUCAUCCAAAAGGACCUUGUUAGCAACAGCAAUAAAGUUGAACUAUGCACUUUUUGCUUUGUUUGCAAAGAAUUAUUAGCGGGUAGUUCUUUUUACUAUUGUCCGGACUGCAAAUAUUUCGUUCAUAAGUCAUGUGCAUUUAAAGAGAUACCUUUGAAAAUUAAUCACUCUCUCCAUGAUAAACAUGCUAUUAGACUAACCAAAGCACAUGAUCUCAGCGAACCAUGUAACUUUUGUUGUAAUAAGAUCGAGGGAUCUAUGUACAGCUGUUUUUCUUGUGAGUUCCAUCUUGAUUCCCGAUGUGCAUUGCUCAUCACCAAAGAUCUCCCCAAACGUGAUCAUCAUUUUAGCCAUGAUGAACACCCACUUGUCUUCAUCAAAAUGCUCAGCAACGAAGUUGAAAUACAUUCUUCCUGCUCUGUUUGCUCAAAACCACUAUUGGGUACUUCUUUUUACAAUUGUCCUGAUUGUCAAUUUUUCUUUCACAAAGAAUGUGAGGCAGAGUUGUCAACUGAGAUUAAGCAUUUUGCGCACCCUCAACACCCUCUUAGUCCUAGAUUUUCCUUAUGUACCUGUCGCUUUUGCCAAGGUAAAAGUGAUGGGAAGGAAAUUGGAUACCAAUGUCCCUCUUGUGACUUUUAUAUUCAUCGUAAGUGUAUCUUACCCCGGCUUGUCUCGGAAAGUAAGAUCCAUGACCAUGACCACCAGUUGAUCCCAUUCAGAAGGAAAAAUCUCUUCAUUUGCGAUGCAUGUGGGGUGUCAGGAAAUUCUGCUGGCUAUUUUUGUGUUAAAUGCAUUCUCAUGGUCCAUUGGGAUUGUAUUUUGCUGCCAAAAACCAUCAAAUUCAAACUGCACAGUCAUCAUCGACUUGUCCACAACUAUUGGUUGCCACAAAAAAAGGGUGAAAAAUGGACUUGUCAACGUUGCUUCAAAAAGGUGGAAGCAGAGUAUGGGAGUUACAAAUGUUUGCAUUCGGACUGUAAUUAUGUUAUUCAUACGAGUUGCGUAAAAGAGAAUAAAGGUCUUUAUAUCGGAGUUGAGUCAGAAGAUGAGAAAAGUGAUGAGGCUUCUUCUUCUUCUAGUUGUGCUGUGGUGCUAGGAGACAAGAUAAAGCAUUUCAACCACAAGCAUGAAUUAGUGCUUGAUAAGGAGGAGAUUAUUACGAAUGGCGAUAAAAAUUGUUGCAAUGGGUGUGCAUUACCGAUCUUGACUGCCGCUUACAGUUGCCCACAAGCAGAGUGUAAUUUCUCCCUUCACAAGGCUUGUGCCCAAGUUGGAGAGCACAAACCACAUUGGGCUUCCUGGGAACCUCUUGAAGUCAGCAUGAAGCUCCAGUUUGGUUGUGAAUUUUGUGAGUAUGACUGCACCGGUUUUAAUUGCUUUGAAAGACAAGAUUGUAGGAAAUUUUGCUUCAGAUGUAGCGAGAUCCCUUUCAUCACUACCCAUGAAGCACACGCUCAGCAUUCCCUCUUCUGUGAUCGAGAUCACAAGGGACGAUGUAGUGGCUGCGGUAAGGAAAUGGGUAAAUAUGGUGGUUACAAAUGCACGCUAGCAGAGGAAGAGGAGAAUUGCAAAUUUGCCUUGGACUACAGAUGCUUGACACGUCCCCUUAAAGCUGAACAUAGGUUCCACCAUCACCCUCUAAAACUCACUUAUGAAGAUCCUUACAAGGAUGAUGAUGGUGAUCCAUUUCAACACAUGUGUGAAAUCUGUGAAGAUAGAAGAGAUCCAAAGGUCUGGUUUUAUCGGUGUGAUGAGUGCGAUUUUGAUGCUCAUCCCGAUUGCGUUCUUGGAGAAUACCCUUUCAUCAAGCGCGGUAGCAUCUGUGAUGAAGGUUAUAAUAGAUGUGUCUCUCAUCAACGAUCUCUCAUUUAUUUCCAGAGUGAGAAAUAUCCCUAUCCGAAAUGUGUUAAAUGUGGCAAUCCUUGCAAAGAUCAGCUGGCUAUUAAAUGUCCCCACUCUGAGUGCAACUUUGCUCUACAUUUUGGUGAGUGUGCCGGUUGGUGUUCUUAACAUGUGGAGACCGUGGGGGCGUCCAUAUUGUAAAGAACACCCAAGGAAAUAUGUAAGAAUGGAGAAGACAAAGGCUUGUAGCAUUUCUUUUACUGCUCUGCGCAAACUGUAAUUAUAUUAUUGGUUUUACUAUGGGAAGCAUUCCGGUUGCUCAGACCAGCAGGGCACAAUUGCUUUCACUUAUGGGGUGGUAUAUUACCAUGACUAUAUAUGUUUUAUAGUCAAACUUGCUAUAUUUUUAAUUCAUAAAGAGGAACUCCUUGUCAAUUUCUACUAUUGAAAAGAAGGAUCAUUCAGGCUAAAGAAGAGGCUGAGGUUGAAACAAUGUCAAUGAUUAGAUGAGCAAGAUCAGAUGCUUCAUCCUUGGGGGGAGAAAUAAAAUACAUAGGAAAUUGGCUCCAAGCAAUUAAACAAUUUCAUCUUCUGUAGGGAUAAUGCUAUUGCUCACUUCUUGAUUCAUUUGCCACUGACUAAGUUCAAGGAAAAUAAAAGAGCUCGAAGAUGCAAUCCUAUCAGUUGGAUACAUUCACAUGGAGAAGACACAUGCAUGGUUACCUUCCCAAGUUUGCUUUGGUAUGUCAAGCUCUUCAACCAAUCAACCUAUUAGUAAAUU